GCCUAUAUUGCUUAUUCCUACCAAACACGGUAAAACAAGGUUCUACUCUGCCGCACAAACGCAUCACACGCUCUUCGUCUCUGUCUCUCCAACUCACAUCGCUCCAGAUCUGCUGCUGCUUCAUUAUUCAAAUUUUGCUUUAUCGGUAUCUAUUUCAACUUUAUUUCUUCUGCAUCUCACUUACCUUUCUUUUUGAUGCAUUUCUGUAAAAUUGCGUUUAUUUUGGACAUGUUUUUGUGAUUCUUCGCCUUAUUGUUCGGGAAUUUUCUCUUGUAAUCGUAGUUUUUUUCUGAAUUCUAUUCUAAUUAUGCUUUCGCUUCAGUAGUUGGCUUCAGAUCCAUUCAGAUGGAACGAUAAUUUUCAUGCUGAUUAGUUGGUGAUAUGUUCAAUUGAGUUCACGGAGUUGACAUUUUUUUCUGUAUUAAUUAUCUGUUAGUUCAGCUCACUCUGUUGACAUUUAUUUGAACAUUACUCUGUGGCUACCUUAUGUAGAUUAAGCUCAUUGAAUUUAGUGGCUUAGAAGUAAAUGAUGUUUAAAUCGCAUUAGUUGGUACUGUAGAUUGAGCUUUUGGGUAGCUGAGUGCGAAAUGAGCAAAAAGACCUUGGGAGACUUUUAGGGAAUUGUUAGGGUUGCAAAUGAAGAUAUAUAGUGAAUCAGCUGGGUCGAUACAUAUUUUAGAACGAGUUUGUUUGAGAUCCGAUGAAAGUGACUAAAGAAAUAAAUGGAGUGUAUGUCUAUGUACUUGUGGGGUUUGACUAAAGUGAAACUGAAAACCGAAUGAGUCAAGGAUCUGAGGGAGGUAGUUUUUUCGUUGUAGCUUUAUAUGAUCGCUUUACUCACAAAUUUGUGUCUUCUGUUACUUGGCAAAAGUUAAAAACGAUACUAAAUUAUGCAGGUGCAUUUUUUCUGGGUAUAUAUAUAUAUAUAUAUAUAUAUCCCCACUAAUCAUGUUUUCAAUCCAAAUUUGGCCUUGGUUCUACAUUUAAGAUUGGUUCUACAUUUAAGAAUGGUUCUAUCUUGAUCACAACCCUAUAUAUAUAUAUAUAUAUGAUUGAAGAGGAAGAGCAAAAAGAGUUAUGAUUCUGUAGUGGUAGUUCAACCAGCUGUGGAAUAUUUGUACCUUGUAAUGGAUCUCUCAGGACGAAAUUAACCACAUAUCAAUCUCUUUCCAAACCGGGGGCUGAAUCAAUUAGCUGUGAUAGCAGUAUGAGUCUGGCUCAGGGAAAGAAUGACAUUGCUGAGGAUAAGGAGAUUAUUGAAGAUGGCAAAGAUAUAGCUAUGUAUCAACCGAGGAAAAGACUGAAGACGGAAGACCUAUCUGAUCUCCCGAGAACUCAUGUGGAAUCUUUCAGUGAGGGGGGUGAUUUAUCCUUUGGAAAUGGGUGCCAAAUUAGGGAAAAUCAUUCUUUGGUUCAGCCCUCUUCAGAAUUUCAAAGUACUCCCAUGAAUAAAAAUGACAGAACACUGACUGGAAAGUCAGAUGAUACAAAUGAAAACGGUGAUACUGACAUGCAUGAACUUAUGACUGGAAAUGAUGAAAUGCUUAAUGUAGAAUCUACAAAGACAGAUACAAGUGAGCUCCCAGGAGUAGCUUCUAGUGGUGCAUGUUGCAAAGAUUUUCCUAUUCAUUUGGGCAUUGAGGAUCGAUGCUUCUCCACACAUGCAACAACAAGAAGUACGUCUUGUGAUGAUGGUAUGCUAGUAAGCAAACACCUGGAAGAACUCCAUGAUGAGGCAAAGAAAAUAAUUAAUGUGGUUGAUGGUGAUGCAUUGAGUGGGGUUACUCGAUCGUACCAUGAGGAACAGUCUGUAUCAUCGCACGAUGAUGAUAUCUCCUUAGAUGAUACACAAGCUGUUGUUCGUGAAACCAUAAAUGUCUUAGUUGAUAGAGUUUUUUCUGCCAACAUGAAGAAGAAGCUUCUUGUUCUUGAUUUGAACGGAUUGCUUGUUGAUAUAUCCUCAUAUGUACCUUACAAUUACGACCCAGAUGAUAUAAUAAUGAAGAAAGCAGUUUUUAGGAGGCCUCACUGUGAUGAUUUUCUAAACUUCUGCUUUGAGAAGUUCAAUGUGGGUUUUUGGACUUCAAGAACAAAGAGAAAUAUGGAGCCACUUCUUGAUUUUCUUUUAGGGAAUAAUAAGUCAAGGUUGCUUUUUCAUUGGGAUCAAUCGCACUGCACUGAUACAGGUUAUUAUACUGUGGAUAAAAAAAACAAGCCUCUUCUCUUGAAGAAACUAAAAAAGUUAUGGGAUAAAUGUGAGCCUGGUCUCCCAUGGGAGAGGGGAGUGUAUAACGAAUCAAAUACGCUUUUAUUAGAUGAUACUCCCUAUAAGGCUUUAACAAACCCUCGAUACACUGCAGUCUUUCCUUACAGUUACUGCUUCAGAGAUGUAAGAGACAAUUCAUUAGGGCCUGGAGGUGAUCUCCGUGUUUACUUAGAGGGGUUGGCUGAAGCAGAAAAUGUUCAAGAAUAUGUAAAGCAAAACCCAUUCGGCCAGAGGUCCAUAACGGAGAAAAACCUUUCCUGGGGUUACUAUCGUAAGGUUAUCGCAGCAAACUCCACACCGCCACGAGAAACAGAUGCAGGCAGCCAUCGAGAUGAACAGUAAGUCUUGAUCCCAAUGUCCCACGUGAAUCACAAUUUUGCCCAGACAUAAUAUAUUUUCUGCUUAGUUAACGUAAAGCAUUAGACUCAUCAGUCUCAGCUGCUGCAUGAAGCAGAGCAGAUUUAAUCGAGCAUCCACUGUUGUUUUUUUUUUGUUUCGGAAUGCUCUUCUUAACUAUUUUCUUGUGUGGAAUAGUUAUAGUGUGAGUUCCACAGAUCUACGUUUGGUAAAGGGAUGAUUAAUUCAAUGUAACCUGAGGUAGAUUUUGUAUGAUGUGGUUUGCUAUGCAAAGCACCCUUUUGAACAGGUGUUUUGAUGUGUAAAGACAUAUCGUAUGGCUACGUAGUACUGGCUUAGUUGAGUCGUACGUCUAUUGGCUUGAGUUCGACUUGUUUAACUUAUGCUAAACUUGAGCUUGGCUCGAGCUCCAGACUGAUUUUUCAACUUUUAUGUGAGGGUGUUGUGUUACCAACUUA